UUAUGUGUCCAUUAGAACGAAAGUUAUUUGAGUGCAGGGUCUUUCUUUUCGUCUUUAUGUGUUAUUCCCAGCGCUUCGCACAGAGCCUGGCAUGCACUAAGCGCUUCCUAAAUGCUUGUGGACUUUGCAGGCCCCAGUCUCUAGCCAGCUAGGAGCGCAGAGCUUUGCUCACUAGCCCGGGCUCUCAGGCCUCAUUCAGGAGGCUGCAGCUGAUCCGCUCCCUCCCGCAAGCCCUUCCCAGCGCGGCAUGCGUCCAUUUCUGGGCAUGCUCCGCCUCAACCCCGAGCCUGGCCCCGGAAAUGCUAGCUCGCUCCGGGUCUUCCCCGUGGUAUUCGCGACUCUUCCUUUUUUUCCAGGCCAAACGCCGCCUUCGCCUCCCUCGAGUCCCCUCCCUCACCGGCGGUCCUCUCCCCCGGUUUCCGACAGGGAACCCCGGAGGGAAGCGUAGCGUGCGCCGGAGCGUACGCACGCGCACGAGCAACCCGGGAGGCCAGGCGCGGCUCAGCGCACGUCGUAGGCCGGUGCACAGGUCCGAAGACCCGACGAAGCCGAGGAGCGGAGGCGCCCGACGACCUCGGAGGGUGAGAUGGUCCCGAGCGCGGAGCUGCUCCAAGAGAAGGAGGAGGAACGACUUCUCUUCCUUCCUGUUCUCUCCUCCCUCCCUAAGGAGGAAAAGAGGCGGAGGAAAAGGAGGAGAGAGGAAGUCCCUUCCCGGCUUUUGCUGCACCUCCCGUGGACGCACUUACUUCCCCGCCCCCUCCCCGAUGUUUGUUCCAAGAUCUCUGAAAGUCAAACGGAAUGUUUCUGACGAUGACAAGAGUUGUGUGGCUAAGAAACUUAAACCACAAGGAGAAAAGCUGCCGUCAGAGGAAGACAGAGAGAUCCCAAACGUUGCCUUAGUGGGGGAAGAAGCCUCCUUCCCAUCAACGGGGCACGGCACAUCGCCAGAUCCAGAUGGCCACUUGACUGCAAUUUGUUUAGAUGAACCUGAGCAGAGUGCUGAAGACAGUUGUGUUGCAGAAGAGCCACUAAAAUCUUUUGCUAAAACCCAGCGGUGGGCAGAGCCAGGGGAGCCUGUCUGUGUAGUUUGUGGUCGUUAUGGAGAAUAUAUUUGUGAUAAGACUGAGGCAGAUGUUUGUAGCUUGGAAUGUAAAGCAAAACAUCUUUUACAAGUUACAGAAAAAGAAGAAAAAAUGAAGCUUCAGAAAGCUGGCUCUGAGCCUGAAUCUCCCCCACUUGAUGCCUUUUAUGCCUAUAAAGAACACUCUUUUAUAUUAAACCUUCAGGAUGACCAGGUUGAGAACCUUAAGAGACAGCUAGGAAUUUCAGUACAGGGCCAAACAGUUCCAAGGCCUAUUAUAGACUUUGAACAUUGUGGUUUUCCUGAAAUCUUGAAUUGCAACUUGAAGAAGUCAGGCUAUGAAGUUCCAACUCCCAUUCAGAUGCAGAUGAUUCCUAUUGGACUUUUGGGAAGGGAUAUAGUGUGCAGUGCUGACACAGGCUCGGGAAAAACUGCAGCUUUCCUACUUCCUGUUAUCAUCAGAGCUUUGGAAAAAAACAGAACUCCAUCAGCACUUAUUCUCACUCCAACCAGGGAAUUAGCCAUUCAGAUAGAGAGACAAGCGAAGGAGCUAAUGUGUGGCUUGCCAAACAUGAGAACAGUCCUGCUUGUUGGAGGUUUGCCUUUACCUCCCCAGCUCUAUCGCCUGAAACAGAACGUUAAGGUUAUAAUAGCAACUCCUGGGAGACUUCUGGAAAUAAUGAAACAGAGCUCUGUGGAACUCAGCGGUAUAAAAAUAGUUGUCAUAGAUGAAGCUGAUACCAUGUUAAAAAUGGGUUUUCAACAGCAAGUUCUUGAUAUUUUGGAAAACACUACUCUUGACCGUCAGACCCUUUUGGUUUCUGCCACAAUUCCAGCAAGCAUAGAACACCUGGCAAGCCAACUUCUACAUGACCCUGUGAGAAUUAUCAUUGGAGAAAAAAAUCUGCCCUGUCCCAAUGUCCGCCAGAUCAUUUUGUGGGUAGAAGAACCUUCCAAGAAGAAAAAGUUAUUUGAGAUCUUAAAUGAUGACAAACUCUUUAAGCCUCCGGUGCUCGUGUUUGUAGACUGCAAACUAGGAGCUGACCUUUUGAGUGAUGCAGUUCAUAAGAUCACUGGGUUGCAAAGCAUAUCUAUGCAUUCAGAUAAGCCACAAGUAGAAAGAACAAGGAUAUUGCAGGGAUUAUUUCAAGGAGAAUAUGAAGUUGUAGUAAGCACUGGAGUCCUGGGACGAGGACUAGACUUGAUCAAUGUCAAACUGGUCGUCAAUUUUGAUAUGCCUUCUAGUAUGGAUGAAUAUGUCCAUCAGGUUGGAAGAGCAGGAAGAUUAGGUCACAAUGGAACUGCAAUUACUUUCAUCAAUAACAACACAAAGAAGCUUUUUUGGGAUAUUGUGAAGAGAGUCAAACCAACAGGAUCCAUUCUUCCUCCUCAAUUACUAAACUCCCCUUAUCUCCAUGAACAGAAGAGAAAAGAACAGCAAAGAGUUAACCAGGGGCAGAAUACCCUAGUAACUGGUGAUAAUCUUAUGGACAUUAUUAAAAAACAUGAUAAAAGUCAUUCUCAGAAGUAACUAAUUGUGCCACUUUAGAUAAUCUUGUCAUUGUGCAAUAUCAAUGAAAAUUCUACAAAUUACUAUCAUAUAGUAUCUGACUAAACAGAGCAUAUUUGUAAGGUGAGGAUAUAGGAGAUGAUUUUUGUUACUGUUGGAUAUGUCAGAUUUGGACAGCAGGAGUUGUACAUGUCUUCUUUACCUUCAUAUAAUUGCUAAAGAUUGCCAUUCUGUCUGUAAUAAGUGAGAUUGAAAAUAAAGGAUCUGUUUUUGUCCUCUGUUCAGAAUUACUUUGAGAAGAUUAAAAAUCUUUUUCCAUUAAGAAAAGAUCUUAGUUUUCUUUCCCCUCCAGUCCAGUAAACAUACUUGUUUACAAUUUCUAAGAAGACAUUUUCAGGGAUUAUUUCAUAUUUGUGCCACAUGUUGCUUUGCCAGUUGAUAACUUCAC